AUGGGCAGCAAUAUUUAAAAGGAAAAAGAUAAUGACAGUGCUAGUGCUAUUAAGUAUUAUACAAGAAGCAAUGUAAACUAUUUAAUAGAAUCAUUUUUAGGAGCUUAAAAUUGCUUACAGAACUGAAGAAGCAAUUUUAGAAAUAAACAAGGCUUUGAAUCUUAAUCCUAAAUAUGCAGAAGCCUACACUUUAAGAAGUUCAUUGUUUUAAUUAUCAAUUUAGGUGAAUUAUAUUACAAAAUGGAAUUGUAUGAUAAGGCUUUGUAAGAUGUUAAUUUUAGCUUGUCUAUAAACAACAAUAAUGCAGAAAGUUAUUAUUAAAGAGGUAUAAAUUAAAUCUUAUAAUUUAAGCAACUAUUUAUUGGAGAUAAAAAUAAUUGAAUCUAGCUUUAAAAGAUUGUUGGAAGUGUGUUUAGAUUAAUAAAAACUUUGCUAUGGGGUAUUGUAGAUUAGGUAACAAAGUAAAAAUAAAUAUGUAGGCACGAUUAUGUGGGAUUUGAAAGAAAUAGAUAAGGAACUCGAAUAUUACAAUAUGGCUAUAUAAAAAGAUAGUAAUUGUUAUAAUGCAUUUAUAUGUCGAGGUAAAAUAAAAUAAAUUUUUAAGGGUGCUUUCAUAUGGAUGGACAAAAAGCUGACUUGGCAUUAAGAGAUUUCAAUUAAGCAAUUUAAAUCAAUCCACAAUUUAGUUUAGCCUUUUAUAAUAGAGGUGAUUAAAAAUAUUAUAAAGAAGGCUAUUUCUAUUAUUAAAUUGGUGAGCAAGACAAGGCAUUAAACGACUAUACUAAAGCAAUCCAACUGGAUCCAAAUAAUGUGAUAACCUAUCGUAAUAGAGGUGAUUACUAUUACACUCAAUAUAUAAGGCUUUUUAUAUUCAAAUAUGGGUGACAAAGAAAAGGCAUUAAAUGACUAUAACAAAGCAAUCCAACUGGAUCCAAAUUAUGCAAUAAUCUUUAAUAAUAGAGGUGAAUACUAUUACAUUCAAUAUAUAAGGCCAUUUAUAUUCCAUUAUCGGUGAGAAAGAAAAGGCAUUAAACGACUAUAAUAAAGCAAUCCAACUGGAUCCAAAUAAUGUGAUAACCUAUCGUAAUAGAGGUGAUUACUAUUACACUCAUUAUAUAAGGCCAUUUAUAUUAAGAUAUAGGUGAGAUAGACAAGGCAUUAAACGACUAUAAUAAAGCAAUCCAACUGGAUCCAAAUAAUGUGAUAACCUAUCGUAAUAGAGGUGAUUACUAUUACACUCAUUAUAUAAGGCCAUUUAUAUUAAGAUAUAGGUGAGAUAGACAAGGCAUUAAACGACUAUAAUAAAGCAAUCCAACUGGAUCCAAAUAAUGUGAUAACCUAUCGUAAUAGAGGUGAUUACUAUUACACUCAUUAUAUAAGGCCAUUUAUAUUAAGAUAUAGGUGAGAUAGACAAGGCAUUAAACGACUAUAAUAAAGCAAUCCAACUGGAUCCAAAUAAUGUGAUAACCUAUCGUAAUAGAGGUGAUUACUAUUACACUCAUUAUAUAAGGCCAUUUAUAUUAAGAUAUAGGUGAGAUAGACAAGGCAUUAAACGACUAUAAUAAAGCAAUCCAACUGGAUCCAAAUAAUGUGAUAACCUAUCGUAAUAGAGGUGAUUACUAUUACACUCAUUAUAUAAGGCCAUUUAUAUUAAGAUAUAGGUGAGAUAGACAAGGCAUUAAACGACUAUAAUAAAGCAAUCCAACUGGAUCCAAAUAAUGUGAUAACCUAUCGUAAUAGAGGUGAUUACUAUUACACUCAUUAUAUAAGGCCAUUUAUAUUAAGAUAUAGGUGAGAUAGACAAGGCAUUAAACGACUAUAAUAAAGCAAUCCAACUGGAUCCAAAUAAUGUGAUAACCUAUCGUAAUAGAGGUGAUUACUAUUACACUCAUUAUAUAAGGCCAUUUAUAUUAAGAUAUAGGUGAGAUAGACAAGGCAUUAAACGACUAUAAUAAAGCAAUCCAACUGGAUCCAAAUAAUGUGAUAACCUAUCGUAAUAGAGGUGAUUACUAUUACACUCAUUAUAUAAGGCCAUUUAUAUUAAGAUAUAGGUGAGAUAGACAAGGCAUUAAACGACUAUAAUAAAGCAAUCCAACUGGAUCCAAAUUAUGCAAUUAUCUUUUAUAAUAGAGGUGAAUACUUUUUUUACUAAUAUUUUAGCCAUACUAUAUAAACAUAUAGGGAAGCAUGACGAAGCAUUAAAUGAUUAUAAUCAAGUAUUUCAAUUAGAUCCAAAUUUUGUUCAGGCCUUUUUUGGAAAAGGUUUUAUCUCCAUAAUAGUAAUUUAGGCCUUCUCUUAUAAGAAUUGAAAUAAUAUGAGCAAGCAAUAAUCUGCUUUGAUAAAGCCAUUUCUCUUGAUCAAAAUCAUAUUAAUGCUUAUUUUAACAAAGGUUUUAUGUUUAAUAUCAUUUAGCAAUUUCAUUAGAAUAAUUGAACCAAUUCUUUUCAGCAAUAAAAUAUUAUAAAAUAGCAUUAACAUUAAACCAUCCUUCUUAAAAUUAGAUUUCUUUAUAAGUCAGCAUACUUCGAGAAUUUUUAUGA